AUGACCCUGGUUCCACCUUUCGUCUUGCUGUUUUGGCUUCUCCACUUGGCUAACAGCGCUUUUCCAGAAGAGCCGGGUCCGUUGAACACCAUUCCUACGGAGGUGGUUAGGCGGUAUCCUGUUUUUCUGGGUCGGGCCCAUCGCUCAUCACUGAGGCAGGAACCACUGCACCUCCAGAGAAUUCUGCAGGUUAACCGGACUCUCUACAUCGGAGCCAGAGAUGACCUUUUCCGUGUGGAGUUGGACAACGUGGUGGGAGAUGAGAUGUUCUACAGCAAGAAACGAACGUGGGAAUCCAAUAAAAAUGACAUCAGAAUUUGCAGGAUGAAGGGGAAACAUGAGGAUGAGUGUCGCAACUACAUAAAAGUGCUACUGAGCAGGCAGGGCGGUUUGUUUGUCUGCGGGACCAAUGCCUUUAAUCCGUUAUGUGCCAACUAUACUGGAGACACUCUGGAGAUGGUUGGCGAGCCAAUCAAUGGCAUGGCCCGAUGCCCUUACGACCCAAAACACGCCAACGUGGCUCUCUUCGCAGAGGGGAAUCUUUUUACGGCCACCGUCACAGACUUCUUGGCCAUCGACGCUGUCAUCUACCGUAGCCUGGGGGACAGCCCGGCACUCCGCACGGUCAAGCAUGACUCCAAGUGGUUCAGAGAGCCCUAUUUUGUGAGUGCUGUCGAAUGGGGACCUCAUAUCUACUUUUUCUUCAGAGAGAUGGCUAUGGAGUUCAACUAUUUAGAGAAGGUGACAGUGUCACGGGUGGCUCGGGUAUGUAAAGGAGAUAUGGGUGGCUCACAGAGAGUUCUGGAAAAACAGUGGACGUCGUUUCUGAAGGCGCGACUGAACUGCUCUAUCCCCGGAGAUUCACAUUUCUACUUUAACCUGCUUCACUCCACCAGCCCAGUCAUACGCAUGCAUGGCAGAGACAUCAUCCUGGCUGUGUUUUCAACACCCUCUAACAGUAUCCCAGGCUCGGCUGUGUGUGCCUUUGACAUGGAGCAACUUGCUGGAGUGUUCGAUGGCCGAUUCAAAGAACAGAAAUCUCCGGAGUCCAUCUGGACUCCUGUGCCAGAUGAAAUAAUACCUAAACCCAGGCCUGGAGGUUGUGCUGUCCCGGGUUCCAAGUACAACUCCUCCAACGCCUUCCCCGACGACAUGCUGAAUUUCGUAAAGACCCACCCGCUGAUGGACGAGGCCGUGCCGUCGCUGGGUCAGAAGCCCUGGAUCGUCAGGACCAUGGUCAGAUAUCAGCUGAAUAAAAUGGUGGUGGAUACGGCGGCUGGACCCUAUGGGAACAGGACCGUCCUUUUCCUGGGCUCCAGCCGAGGGACCAUCCUUAAAUUCCUCAUCGUCCCCAACAAAGAUAACACUGUGUCAAACAACAACGUCUUCUUGGAAGAACUGGAGGGGUACAACCCAGACAAGUGUGCAGGGGACUCUCCUCAGGCCAGGCAGCUGCUUUCGCUAACGAUGGACCGACUCAGUCACACGCUCAUUCUGGCCUUUUCCUCCUGUGUGGUGCGGGUGCCUGUAGCACGCUGUAAUCUCUACUCCCGCUGUAUGAAAAACUGCAUCGCCACACGGGACCCCUACUGCGGCUGGACGAGAGGCAGCACCUGCACCUUCCUGAGGCCCGGCACAAGGUUACCCUUCGAGCAAGACGUGGAACAUGGGAAUACUUCCCACUUGGGCGACUGCGACGGAUUGCUCCAGGAAAGUUUUAUCGAGGAGCCUGAUGGUCUGGUAUCUGUUAAUCUGCUGGUGGUUUCUGCAGUCUCUGCUUUCUCCACUGGAGCUGUUCUUUCGGGGCUGAUGGUCUGCUGGAUCAUGAGUCACAAGCACAGGCAGAGAACUUGCGGAGGCGGGUCCAGCUCGGGAAGCCGUCGUAAAGGAGAGAAGGAGCAGAGCAUGCUGGGACAGGGUCGCAGCGGUUCAGUGAUGAGCGUGACGCGGAUCAGCGGCAACGAAAGGCCCAGGUCGCAGGUGGAGAACCCCUUCGUCACGCCUAACGGCUGGUCCAAGUCCGGAGACAUGGAUCCCGGGCUCCUGACUCCGGAACCGACCCCGCUGCAGCAGAAGAGGCCCACUCCUAACGUGCACCUCCCAGACUCCGACUGGGACCAGAGCCAGACCUUUUUGACCUCCGUGGGAAGCAACUGCCCAAACAACUCCUCGGUGAUCUAUCUGAGCUCCAAGUAUUUGCAAGGCGGAGGGGGCAGGCACGAAGAUCCAGGCGAGGUGGCUCCACACACUGAACGCCAGCGCUACCUGAUCCUGGCCAGCCAUCGAGAGCAGGGAGGGCGACCUGCCGUCACCAUGCGUAAUUCUGCCGGCGAGUACUACCCUGCCACUCCGCAGGACUCGCCCGACCGUAGGAGGGUGGUGUCGGCUCCCAGCACCCAGAUGGACUUUGGGGAGCCCAAUCGCUGGACCCACGAGGGUCUGAAUUUCAACAGCAACAACGCCACUCCCUCCGGUCACCACUACCCGGCUCCUCGCACCAACCCGGGGCUGGUUCGAUCCGGUCUUCACGCUCCCAGAGGGUUAAGUGACCUUCCAGAUUUCAGCCACCUCCUGAGCAAGGGCGUGAGCGAACGCACCCCCAACGGCCAGUGA